CGAUCGGAUCCAGCAUCGGAUUUGUUGACCUGGGUAGGAGUCUCUACAGGUUGUAUCGUAUAUAGAUGUUAGAGAGCACUCUAACAGUAUGCAUACAUUGUGUGCAUGUCUCUUCUUUCUCUUUAUCUUCUCUGUUCAUGUAACCUCUGGACGAAGAAGAUGUUCAGGGAUAUUCUUUCUUUUUCUUUAUUCACUUUCUUCUUCUUUUCUUUGUUUUUCACCAGUAUAUAUACAACUCGAUUUUACUUAAAUAAACGGACAGAAAUUGGAUACAUUAUCCGUAUCACAACAGGGACCUUUGUAACACUGGUGCCGUGACCCGAUUCCAACAUCGAACAACAACAGAAACUAUACCUUAUUGAAUUAUACACUGGCUGGUCAAUACAAUUUACGUUCACGUCAGCAACUAGUUCAACAAAAUAAUCUUCAACCGGAUUUAGCACCUAGGAAUAUGGCUGACCAACUCACACGAGCUUUUGAUAGUAUCAAAACAUUUAAUGGAACCUCACAAGAUAAUUCACGAGAAUGGUGUGAUCGAGCAGAAAUUGUAUUUAAUGCUUUCAACGUUAAUGAUGCUGAUCGUUUAAGUCGCAUUGGAAUUAAAUUAGAAGAUGCUGCUUUUAAUUGGUAUCGAGACAAUCAAGGUCCAUAUGCAACGUGGUUAUUAUUUUGA